ACGCACACUACGGGAGCAGCAAGCUAUAUAGAGGUGAUGGACAUUGUGCUGAACUACGCUGACCACUAUGUGCUGACACCCUAUGUGUACCCCAACACAUGGCAGGAAGAUGACCCCUUGCGACAGGUGAUCAGUCUCUUACUGGUGACCAACAUUGGAGGGUAUUUGCUCUACCUCAGCACAGCAACCAUCAGCUACCAUUUCAUAUUCGACAAACGCUUGAUGGAACAUCAACAAUUCUUACAGAACCAAGUUCGACUGGAGAUUCUCUACACACUGAAAUCAGUUCCGCUCAUGAGUCUACCAACAGUUGUUCUGUUUUUUAUUGAGGUUAGAGGUCACAGUAAACUGUAUGACGAUGUAGGAACAUCCCGACUAAAUUGGCUGUUUGUAUUAACAAGUGUUGCUACAUUCAUCCUAUUUACGGACAUGUGUAUCUACUGGAUUCAUCGAUUUCUCCACCACCGGUCCAUCUACAAGUACAUACACAAGGACCAUCACAAAUGGAAGGUCCCCACACCAUUUGCCAGUCAUGCAUUCCACCCAUUGGAUGGAUUUCUCCAGAGCUGCCCCUAUCACAUAUAUCCAUUCCUCUUCCCCCUCCACAAGUACACCUAUCUUGCACUCUUUGUCUUUGUCAACAUCUGGACCGUGUCAAUCCAUGAUGCAAACUACAAGGUACCGGGGAUUCUGAAGCCGGUAGUGAAUGGUUCGGCCCAUCACACAGAUCACCACCUCUUCUACAACUACAACUAUGGUCAGUUCUUCACCCUCUGGGACCGGAUUGGGGGCUCCUUUAGGAACCCCAGUGCCUUUGAAGGAAAAGGACCUCUAGAGGAGAUGUUAAAGGCAAAGCACAGCUCACCAAAUGGACAAGUGAAAAAUGGGCAUUAUAUGAACGGGCAUGUAAGUGAUGUGAAGAUUGGGAAAAAAGACUAGACAAAUGUCUGUUAUUUUUCAUUGUUGAUACAUUUUCUACAAAAUCUUCUGAUCUCAUUAUCUCUGACUUAGCUGUCUUUACAAGUACUUUCAUACAACCCUUUCACUUUGAUUGUGGCAACAACUGUUUUGUCUUAUCAUUAUAAUCAUCCCAAAACAGCAAUGUUCCAUAAAUAGGAAUUGUACAUUUGUAAAAUAGAAUUAUAUUUUCUAUGAAUUGUGCCUUUGGAAGAGAUAUUAUAUGAUACACAUUUAAAUCACUGUCAUUCUUGUAAUAUUGAAUUUAUUUCACAUUUUUAUUGAUUCCAACAAGAGUACCGCUAAGCAAUAUAGGAUAAACUUAAAUACAUUCUAGUAUUGAAAUUAAACAGAAUCUGAAUCAGAAGGGAAGCUCAACAAUAUACCAUGUGAAAUUGAUCCCAAUAAAUUAAAAAUAAAUUGGUUAAAAACUAGGGGAGAUGAAAUAGAAGUAAGAUCAAAUGGUUCUGUAAAGAACAAAAGACUAAAAUUUAAUGGUAAAACUGUCACAUCUUUUAAUGCCUAUCAAGGUCUAAAGAGUCCAAUUAAAAUGGUCAUAUUUCAGGAACCCUCAAAUUGUUAACUCAGAAUGGGAAAAGUGUGCCAAGAAACUGACUGUUUACUGAAAGAAGAGCUUUUUAAGAUAUUACGAUAAUGCUAUGGUACACUAUAGCAAUGAUAUACAGAUUAUCUCUAUAGAGACAGGAGAGUGACAUCCUGUAUUUAUGAUGUACAAUAAUGCUAUGGUACAAUAUAGCAAUGAUAUACAGAAGAUUUUCUCUGUAGAGACAGGAGGGUGACCUUGUGUAUUUAUGAUGUUAUAAUAAUGCUGUGUUACACUAAGCAAUGAUAUACAGAAGAUUUUCUCUAUAGAAACAGGAGGGUGACCUCGUGUAUUUGUGAUGUUAUAAUAAUGCUGUGUUACACUAAGCAAUGAUAUACAGAAGAUUUUCUCUAUAGAAACAGGAGGGUGACCUCGUGUAUUUGUGAUGUUAUAAUAAUGCUGUGUUACACUAAGCAAUGAUAUACAGAAGAUUUUCUCUAUAGAAACAGGAGGGUGACCUCGUGUAUUUGUGAUGUUAUAAUAAUGCUGUGUUACACUAAGUAAUGAUAUACAGAAGAUUUUCUCUAUAGAGACAGGAGGGUGACCUCGUGUAUUUGUGAUGUUAUAAUAAUGCUGUUACACUAAGUAAUGAUAUACAGACGAUUUUCUCUAUAGAGACAGGAGGGUGACCUCGUGUAUUUGUGAUGUUAUAAUAAUGCUGUGUUACACUAAGCAAUGAUAUACAGACGAUUUUCUCUAUAGAAACAGGAGGGUGACCUCGUGUAUUUGUGAUGUUAUAAUAAUGCUGUGUUACACUAAGUAAUGAUAUACAGACCAUUUUCUCUAUAGAAACAGGAGGGUGACCUCGUGUAUU